GAAAGAGGCUGAAGUUACUCUCCCAUACACAUUUCAACAGGAGCAUUCAGACCAAAUCAGCUUGUAUAAGAAGAUGUGUUAAGCAGUUUAUUCUCUUGGCAGAGAUUCAAGUAGCCUAUUUCUGAAGAAUGGCAUUGAGUGACCUCCUUUACCCAGAUAAUCCCAAGAGAAAGCAAGAACUGAUCCAUCUGCAUCAGGAAUUGCUUGACUGUAUGUCCACAAAUUUCCAUGCAACAAACGAGCUGGUUGGAGUGCUGAAUGAGCACCUGGGCUGCACCAUUACCCCCAUUGAGAUGAGAGAGAGCAGUACAGUCAAGGAAAACUGUGAGAACAUCAUUCAAGUGAUGAGUGAGAUUCAGCACCAGGUGCAGAAGAUUGACAGUGACAUGAAGGACAAGCUCGAGCCAGUGCUGUACCAGAAGCUAUAUGAUAUCAAAGAGCCCGAGCUGGAGAAAAUUGCAAUAGCCCAGAGAGUUUUUUCCAUAAUUUUUGGAGAAGCAACUUCAACAGCUGCAAUGGUAGCUAUCAAACUUCUUGGCUCCAAUCAUUUAACUCUCACUGUGAGCAAGCUCAUCAGUGUCCUUGCGCAGAUUGGGGCCUCUGUUCUUGGGGGAGUUAGCAUCACCAUCAUUGGGCUGGGCCUGGAGAUGAUUCUCCACGCCAUCCUGGGAGCUGUGGAGAGGAGCCAGCUGCUGACAGCUGUGAGGAGCUAUGAGAAGCACCUGGCUGAGUUUAAAGCAGCCUCAGAAAAGUACCAGCGUGCCAUACAUGAAGUGACUUCUUUGGUGAGACAGCAAGUUCAGUAA